UAUUUAUUUUUGCGCAAGACAAUUACGUGUUAACUGUCUACAUACGAAUUAGAUCGGACGAGCUGAGAAUCUCCAUCGCCUUGUCUAUAAAAAUGGCGACCCGUCUGCUCAGGCUUGGAACCGCGUUGCGGACGUACUCCGACAAAACAAAUAUUGUCAAGAGCCGAAAACAAUGGCAAUCGACCGCAGCAUCGCUGAAGGAGAUCCUGAUAAACCAGCCCCCGACUAAGACAACAACGAUGGAGAGUGGGAUGAGAGUGGCUAGUGAAGAUACUGGUGCACCGACAGCCACUGUUGGGCUAUGGAUCGACGCAGGGAGUCGGUGUGAGACUGAUAAAACCAAUGGGGUUGCCCAUUUCAUGGAACACAUGGCUUUUAAGGGCACAGCGAAGCGUUCGCAAACCGAUCUGGAGUUGGAGAUUGAGAACAUGGGAGCCCACCUGAACGCCUACACGAGUCGAGAGCAGACAGUAUUCUACGCCAAGUGCCUCUCCCAGGACGUUCCCAAAGCAAUCGAGAUCCUUAGCGACAUUAUCCAGAAUUCUAAGCUGGGGGAGAGUGAGAUCGAGCGAGAACGAGGUGUGAUUCUCAGAGAGAUGCAGGAGGUGGAGACUAACCUGCAGGAGGUGGUCUUCGAUCAUCUCCACGCAGUGGCUUACCAAGGUACACCCCUGGGCCGAACAAUCCUCGGACCCACUGAGAAUAUCAAGUCCAUCACAAGGAACGAUCUCGUCAACUACGUCAAAACUCAUUACGGCCCUCCAAGGUUUGUUCUGGCUGGUGCUGGUGGCGUGGAUCACGCUCAGUUGGUUGACCUUGCUGACAAGCACUUUGGCAAGAUGAAGGGCCCCAUAUACGAUGAGAUUCCGCCGACCCUCGUGCCCUGCCGCUACACAGGUUCAGAAAUUCGAGUCAGAGACGACUCGAUGCCCCUGGCGCACGUUGCUAUCGCUGUCGAGGGCGCUGGAUGGACUAGUGCUGAUAAUAUUCCCCUCAUGGUGGCCAAUACACUCAUGGGCGCGUGGGACCGCAGCCAGGGUGGUGGAGUCAACAAUGCUACAAACCUCGCUAGGGCAUCAGCUGAGGAUGGCCUCUGCCACAGCUAUCAGAGCUUCAACACCUGCUACAAGGACACUGGACUCUGGGGGGUGUACUUCGUGUGCGAUCGCAUGCAGUGCGAGGACAUGGUCUGGAAUAUCCAACAGCAGUGGAUGAAACUCUGCACUAGCGUUACUGAAAAGGAGGUCAACAGGGCCAAGAACAUACUCAAGACUAACAUGUUGCUUCAGCUCGAUGGUACCACUGCCAUCUGCGAGGACAUUGGGAGACAAAUGCUGUGUUAUGAUCGUAGAAUUCCUCUUCAUGAACUCGAGGCCAGAAUAGACAGUGUUAAUGCAAAAACAAUUCAAGAAGUUGGAAUGAAGUACAUCUACGACCACUGUCCAGUCGUUGCAGGAGUUGGACCCGUCGAAAAUCUCUCGGAUUACAAUACUAUCAGAUCCCAGCAGUACUGGCUCCGUGUCUAAGUUCAGCCCCCAAAUUUAGCGAAUAAAAAAAAUUAAAAUCAUGGUAAAUCGUGUAAUUGUCAGAUCCUUUCUAGGAUCUGACACGUACACGAAGCUUAUUCGAUAGUGAAGUUAUCGUAAACUCUGGUUUCUCGAGCGAAACAAUUGGGAUGAGGGGUUCUGGAUAGUCACGAAAUGAACCUUAAUCUCAUUAUUUAUCACGUGAAACUAAAACUGUAAAAAUAUAUGUAAUUAACUAAAAACCCACUUUACGCCGAUAAUACGAAAAAACUUUACUGAAAAAUAUACAGUUCGUCGUUUUUA